AAGAUGAAAAUAGAAAAUUAAGCUUAAGGUUCUGUGCUUUAUCUCUUUCAUACAAAGUUUCCAUGUUCUCUUCGCCGCCGGCGCCGUCGCCCUCCGCCGACGACCGCCACGGCGUUAAGGACGACGUAUCGCUUAUUUUCCGCGGCGUCGCUAACUUCCUCGCUCCGCCGCCCUCUUCUUCUUCUUCUUCCGCCGGCGACUCCUCUUCUUCGAAAACUCUCGUCGGAAUCCGCAACGAUCUCGUUGAGAUCGGUGGAAGCUUCAGAAGCUCGUUCUCCCUUCUCUCGUCGAACAAAGCCGUCACCGGAAUAUCCAAGUUCGCUUCUCAAUUGUUGAAGUCGGUGCCUGAUCAACAACGAGUUGAUGGUGGCGCGGUGCCUGGGACGACGGAAGAUGUUGUUCGCUUCGUGAAGGAAAUUUCCACGUGGCCGGAGUGUUGGACUGAAUUCCCCUUGCCACUCCAUAAUGCAGAUUUCAGCCUGUCCUAUUCUCAGAGAGAACAUGUCUUAGCUAUAGAACGGCUGGUGCCUGAAUUGGUGACACUUAGACUGAACCUUUGCAGUUACAUGAAUGUGGAGAAAUUUUGGAUGAUCUAUUUCUUGUUAGUACUUCCAAGACUUAAUCAGCAUGACUUUGAGCUCCUAUCUUCUCCAAAGAUUGUUGAAUCAAGAUGUACUCUUCUCCUAAAACUCAGAGAGAGGAAAGAUUUGCAGGAUGGAGAAUGUGAAAAAGCAAGUACUGUGGAUAAAUUUCAAGAAGGGAGGGAGGACAGUGGAAGAGAGAGUAUCUCAUUUGAGCAAAAUCAGGUUUUGGUUGAGGUUACAAAUGCAAUAAAGAGUUUAGAAAUAGAUGACAUGACCAAUAGUGAAAGAUGGUUGGAAGUUACAGAUAUUGAUGCUACUUCAUUGACUUCCUUUACGAAACUUCAACUAGAAGAGGAUGUCUCAUUCAGUGACCUAGAUGAUGAUGGAAGUCGUAGCUCUGAUAAACUAUCAGGCCAUAGGGAGGCACAGGACAUCAGGGGUUCAUCAUCUGAAGGUUCUAGUGACUGGGUUCAGCUGCAUAAAAGUACUGAGAGAGGUAGCUCAAAGAAGGCUAUCUCUUUAAAAGGUAAGGAUUCUGAAGAUGAGUCAAAUGAUUGGCUUAAAGUUGAUGAUUGGCUUACAUUUGAUGAGCUUAGUUAGAUAGGUUUUUCUCUAUUUAUAAAGAAGAUAUCUUGCUAAAUCUCAUUGAAAUUCCCUGUACAAAUACAUUACUUUAUAGAAAUAAUUCAUUCAUAUAUGCAAAAGAUUUGAAGUUAAAAUA